AUGGUGAAAGGGUGUGGUUCUCUAUGUGAUUUGUAUAAAAGUUGCACUUUUGCCAAAGAUCAAAUUAGAAUUAAUUCAAAUCGUUCACAGAACAGUUCUUUAAAAUUCCACUAAAAAAAAUUAACAACAUGAAGUUCGCCAUUGCUGCCGUAGUCGUGUUGGCUCUUGCCAUGGGUGUCCAAUCUUCCAUCAUUGGAGGAAUUCCCGGAUUGGGUCUUGGCGUUCAUGGUCUUGGUAUUCAUGGUUUGGGAUUAGGACUUCACGGACAAUUGUUGGCUCAAGGGCCAGCUGUGGUGGGAUUGGGUGGCCUUUCAUCUGCUGUUAACAUUGCUGGCCAUGGUAUCCCAGCUGCUGUCAACAUUGCCGGUGGUUCUCUCCUAGCUGGUCAUGGUAUUCCAGCUGCUGUAGCAGUUGCUCCACAUGUUGCUGUUGCUGCACCAGUACAUGGUGCACAUGGUGCCUCAUAUGUUGCUCAAACUCGUGGUGCCGUUCACACUGCCCCAUUGCCAACACACAUCCAAUCUGCUUCUUCUGUAAACGUUGCCCCAGCUCCAGGAACCUUGUAAAGUGACUGACAUAUAAAAUUCUCUGCAGCAGCAUGCAAAUGUAAAAAUUUCGGUGAUU